AUGAAGUCAGCAGCUAUUUCUGCUAGAGUGACGGAUUUUCCUUUUCAAGGCCCUCAGACACAAGGUCACAGUGGUCAGUGUGUGGAGAUCACAGGCAGCCAAACCAACCCCACCCUGCCCAUCACCAGACCACCUCCAUCCACCCUGCCCAUCACCAGAACACCUCCAUCCACCCUGCCCAUCACCAGACCACCUCCAUCCACCCUGCCCAUCACCAGACCACCUCCAUCCACCCUGCCCAUCACCAGACCACCUCCAUCCACCCUGCCCAUCACCAGACCACCUCCAUCCACCCUGCCCAUCACCAGACCACCUCCAUCCACCCUGCCCAUCACCAGACCACCUCCAUCCACCCUGCCCAUCACCAGACCACCUCCAUCCACCCUGCCCAUCACCAGACCACCUCCAUCCACCCUGCCCAUCACCAGACCACCUCCAUCCACCCUGCCCAUCACCAGACCACCUCCAUCCACCCUGCCCAUCACCAGACCAGCUCCAUCCACCCUGCCCAUCACCAGACCAUCCUCCAUCCACCCUGCCCAUCACCAGAUCAGCUCCAUCCACCCUGCCCAUCACCAGACCACCUCCAUCCACCCUGCCCAUCACCAGACCACCUCCAUCCACCCUGCCCAUCACCAGACCACCUCCAUCCACCCUGCCCAUCACCAGACCACCUCCAUCCACCCUGCCCAUCACCAGACCACCUCCAUCCACCCUGCCCAUCACCAGACCACCUCCAUCCACCCUGCCCAUCACCAGACCACCUCCAUCCACCCUGCCCAUCACCAGACCACCUCCAUCCACCCUGCCCAUCACCAGACCAGCUCCAUCCACCCUGCCCAUCACCAGAGCACCUCCAUCCACCCUGCCCAUCACCAGACCACCUCCAUCCACCCUGCCUAUCACCAGACCAGCUCCAUCCACCCUGCCCAUCACCAGAGCACCUCCAUCCACCCUGCCCAUCACCAGACCACCUCCAUCCACCCUGCCCAUCACCAGACCACCUCCAUCCACCCUGCCCAUCACCAGACCACCUCCAUCCACCCUGCCCAUCACCAGACCACCUCCAUCCACCCUGCCCAUCACCAGACCAGCUCCAUCCACCCUGCCCAUCACCAGAGCACCUCCAUCCACCCUGCCCAUCACCAGACCACCUCCAUCCACCCUGCCUAUCACCAGACCAGCUCCAUCCACCCUGCCCAUCACCAGAGCACCUCCAUCCACCCUGCCCAUCACCAGACCACCUCCAUCCACCCUGCCCAUCACCAGACCACCUCCAUCCACCCUGCCCAUCACCAGACCACCUCCAUCCACCCUGCCCAUCACCAGACCACCUCCAACCACCCUGCCCAUCACCAGAACACCUCCAUCCACCCUGCCCAUCACCAGAACACCUCCAUCCACCCUGCCCAUCACCAGACCACCUCCAUCCACCCUGCCCAUCACCAGACCACUUCCAUCCACCCUGCCCAUCACCAGACCACCUCCAUCCACCCUGCCCAUCACCAGACCACCUCCAUCCACCCUGCCUAUCACCAGACCAGCUCCAUCCACCCUGCCCAUCACCAGAGCACCUCCAUCCACCCUGCCCAUCACCAGACCACCUCCAUCCACCCUGCCCAUCACCAGACCACCUCCAUCCACCCUGCCCAUCACCAGACCAGCUCCAUCCACCCUGCCCAUCACCAGACCACAUCCAUCCACCCUGCCCAUCACCAGACCACCUCCAUCCACCCUGCCCAUCACCAGAACACCUCCAUCCACCCUGCCCAUCACCAGAACACCUCCAUCCACCCUGCCUAUCACCAGACCAGCUCCAUCCACCCUGCCCAUCACCAGAGCACCUCCAUCCACCCUGUCCAUCACCAGACCACCUCCAUCCAUCCUGCCCAUAUCACUAUACACCAGCAGGGGCGCAGACACGGCAUGGGCAACACCAAACACCAGCCAGCCAGCCAACACGCAACACAGCCUGACCUUAACACCGGUAUCCCUGAUCCAAAUCAUUCCUCUGUGUGCUUCUGA